UCUCACCCCUGCUCUUGAGAGCUUUUGUUGAUAAUGUUGUUAUUGCUUUCAUUCUGCUUUUAUUUUGUAAGCCCUGCACUCAUUCAUCGCUGUACCCGAAUAUGAGGUAAGGAGUGGUAAAGAAAGACUGGACAUAAAAGAGGAAUUAGCAUGUGCACUCUUCAGAUAUAAAUGCCAUCAGUAUUUUCCUAUUAAAAUGAAGCUUGUUUUCAUCUCAGUGGAAAUCUGUGGCUAAAGUACAACAAUAGUAAUGAUAAUGGUGAGGCUGUUGUACUUCACAUCUAUAAAAUCUUGCAUCAAUAAUUUGGUGACGAUUCCUUUGGGUAGGCCUACGUUUUCUGUCAGAGACACAGGAAUACUUUAUAAAUAAAAUUGUUAAUGUCUGUUGAUCUUUUUUCAUUGGAAGAGGGUGACCAGUUUACCUUUUGAAAAAAAACUUUCCUAAUUUGGGCUUUUUUUUUUUUUUCCUUUUUAGGGCUGUACCCAUGGCAUAUGAAAGUUCCUGUGCUAAGGGUUGAUCAGAGCUGCAGCUGCCAGCUUACGCUACAGCAACACCAGAUCCAGUUGUAUCUGUGGCCUUUGCCAUAGCUUGGGGCAGCACCGGAUCCUUAACCCACUGAGUGAGGCCAGGGAUUGAACCUGCAUCCUCCUGGAUACUAGUUGGGUUCUUAACCUGCUGAGCCACAAUGGGAACUCCUGGGCUUUUUAUAAGUUAUACGUUAAAUAAUUAUUUUAGCUGUCUUUGAGUAUGAAUAUCUCACUUUUUCUUUCCUUAGUGAAGAACAGUCCAGACUAGCAGCAAGAAAAUAUGCCAGAGUUGUACAGAAGUUGGGUUUUCCAGCUAAAUUCUUGGACUUCAAGAUUCAGAACAUGGUGGGGAGCUGUGAUGUGAAGUUCCCUAUAAGGUUAGAAGGCCUUGUGCUUACCCACCAACAGUUCAGUAGUUAUGAGCCAGAGUUGUUUCCUGGUUUAAUCUACAGAAUGAUCAAACCGAGAAUUGUUCUCCUUAUUUUUGUCUCUGGAAAAGUUGUAUUAACAGGUGCUAAAGUCAGAGCAGAAAUUUACGAAGCGUUUGAGAACAUCUACCCUAUCCUAAAGGGUUUCAGGAAGACGACGUAAUGGCCGUCAUGUACUCCUGCCUCCCCCACCACUUGUUUUUUUUAGAAGAAAUCAGUUUUUGGUACAUUUAAUGGUGGUGUUGUGGACGGCCCUGUGUGGUGCAAGGAUGGACGUUCGGUUUAGGUUGCAGCACCAGGUGAAGCUCCUGCACGCGAACCCCACAGGGGUGCCGCAGUUUCUGCACAGAGAACUCCGGAGCGUUCCUGUAAGUUGCUCGUACUGUGCUGCUAUUCGGGCAGCGCUGCCCGGUUAUUUAUAUUUAGAUUUUAAACACUUACUGCUGUUGACAAGUUGGUUUAAGGGACAAAACUUUAAGUGUUAAAGCCACCUCAACAAUUGAUUGGACUUUUUCGUUUAAUUUCUUCCCCAUAAACCACAUUUUUUAUAUUUCUACCAGAAAAGUAAAAAUCUUUUUUAAAAGUAUUGUUUUCUAAUUUGUAACUCCCAGGGGUUAUUUUUGUGCCAGACACAUUCCGCGUUUUCAGUAUUGCAGGACAGAAUAGAAAUGUAUUAAUGAAAACAAAUGGCUGUACAUAUUUUUCUUCCUUCAGAGUACUCUGUACAAUAAAUGCUGUUUAUAAAAGUGUUAGAUGUUAUAAAUGAAACCUUGUAAGAUUCAUGUGAUCAUACUGUUUAAAAAAGUUGUAUUUUAGAUAUAAUGCCUGAAACCAUU